AUGCUCGGCAAGAUCAUCGUCCUGGCGCUGUCCGCCACCUCCACCCUCGCCGCCGUCUCGCCCGUCGGCGGCAGCGGCUGGAAAGUCGCCAACCCGUCCUUCAACGUGCAGACCUGCGAGGGCGGGCGCGUCGCCGGCAACGAGUUCUCCCUACCCGCCAAGCCCGACGGCUCCGGCGGUGGCGCGGGCUGCUCCAACGGGCACCCGCGCGCCGAGCGGCGCUACGCCAACGACUACUCCUCCGGCAAGCACCAGUUCGGCGGCCAGCUCACGAUCAACUCGUUCGCCGGCGACCGCGUCUCACUGAAACAGACGUUCAACGGCGACGACGGCCCGUUCUUCAUCCUGGGCGUGAAGCGGAACGGGGACCUGUACAGCGUGCGGGACGGGGGGAAGACGAUCGCGGCGGGCGCGGCGAGGGCGGGCAGGACGGUGACGGUGAACACGGUGCACGACGCGGGGGGCAGGAUGUAUCAGGUGUACGUGGAUGGGCAGCUGAAGUACACGGCGAGUGCGCCGGGGGGCUCGUUUUAUGACAAGAUUGGCACGUAUACGACGGAUAGCGGCCGGGGCCCGAUCGAUGUGACGUGGAGCAACAUCGGGUUCUGGACGGAGUAA